UUAUCGUUCAUCUACGUGUCUACUACAGUCAAAGUGAUUGUGCCUCAAAGUAGGUCCAAACCAACUUAGUAAAUAAUUUCUAUACGUUUUUCAACUGUAUUUUCCUCUUUCAGGACCUCCUUGUCUGAGUUUUGACGUAGUGCGAGAUGAUCUGGGAGAUAACCGAGACUCGUAUCCGUUAACAACGUAUCUUGUGUCAGGUACACAAGCAGAAUCAGCCAACAAAAAUAGUGUCAUUGUCAUGAAGUUUUCAAAUAUGCAUCAAACGCAGAAACUCAAGUUGAACAGUGAUGAUGAAGAUAGUGAUGACAGUGAGGAGGAAACUGAAGAAGAAAUAGCAAAGAGACCAGUGAUGGACUUCCUUCAGUUGAGACACCAUGGAUGUGUGAAUAGGAUAAGAAGUAAAGUUCAUAACAGUACAGUAAUGUGUGCGGUGUGGUCAGAAAUGGGAAAAGUUUCAAUAUUGGAUCUGAAGCCGCAUCUGCAAACUGUGGACAGUCCAGCUUUGCCUAACUCAUGCAAGAAUAUGAUCAAUAAGAGGGAAGAAGUGAAGCCGCUGUUCGUUUUCACCGGUCAUCAGACCGAAGGGUUCGCCAUUGAUUGGUCAUCAGCUGCUUCAGGGGUGCUAGCCACCGGUGACUGCCGACGCAACAUCCAUGUUUGGAAGCCGAACGAAGGCAGCUGGACGGUGGAUCAGAGACCCCUGGUCGGCCACUCCAAAUCAGUCGAGGAUUUGCAAUGGUCGCCCAAUGAAUCAAAUGUGCUGGCUUCAUGCUCUGUCGAUAAAAGUAUCAGAAUCUGGGAUGUUCGAGAAAGUCCAACUCAAGCGUGUAAAUUGACUGUUGAAGAUGCCCACGAAAGCGAUGUCAAUGUUAUUAGUUGGAACAAGAAAGAACCGUUCAUUGUUUCCGGUGGAGAUGAUGGUCUACUACAUGUCUGGGAUUUGAGAAUGUUCCAGAAAGGAAAAUCGGUAGCGAAACUGAAGCACCACCAGGCUGCGGUUUCGACGGUGGAGUGGCAUCCGAGCGACUCGUCGGUGUUCGCGUCGGGAGGGGAGGACCACCAGAUCGCCAUCUGGGACCUCGAGGCAGAGCGCGAUGCCGCCAACGACCAACAAGGCGACGACGAAGAAGUCCUGGAUGUACCACCUCAGUUGCUUUUCAUCCAUCAAGGUCAAAAGGACAUAAAGGAGCUGCACUGGCACCCGCAGCUCACAGGCGUUCUCUUGAGUACGGCUGCUUCUGGAAUCAACAUCUUCAGAACCAUUAGUGUAUAAAGUUGCAAUUUUAUUAAAGGUUUUUAUCAAAA